AUGAUAAAUGCGAUACAACCCCCUACUAAGGCGGAACAGAAUAAUAUUAAAGCCAUUAUCGGUAACUCAUAUAACAGGCUCUAUAGCCAAUUCUCAUCUAGCGAAUUAACAGAGGUGGGGAAUUAUAAGAUACAGAAACAGAUAGGAGAGGGCAGUUUUGGUAAAGUAUAUUUAGCAACACAUCGACCCACGAAACAGAAAGUUGUUCUGAAGACUGGUGAUAAAAGUGACCCCAAUGUGGUACGAGAAGUAUUUUACCAUAGACAGUUUGACUACCCAUACAUUACUAAGCUGUAUGAAGUUAUAGUGACCGAGACUAAAGUAUGGAUGGCUCUUGAAUAUUGCCCAGGAAAAGAGCUUUACGAUCAUUUGUUAUCGAAGAGUAGACUACCUACAUUGGAAUGCGCCGAACUUUUUGCUCAAAUCACCGGUGCUGUACACUACGCCCAUACUCUAAACUGUGUUCAUAGAGACUUAAAACUGGAAAAUGUCCUCCUGGAUAAAAAUGGAAAUGCAAAAUUGACGGAUUUUGGUUUCACAAGAGAAUCCAUGACAAAGGCAGUGCUUGAGACUGUGUGCGGAACUACCGUGUAUAUGGCUCCAGAAAUGAUUCAGCAUAAACCUUAUGAUGGUUUUAAAGUGGACAUUUGGUCUCUUGGUGUUAUAUUGUAUACUUUACUAUGCGGCUGUCUACCAUUUGAUGAAGAUGAUGACUUACUAACAAAGCAAAAAAUUAUCAACGAUACCCCAGUAAUUGAUGAACGAAUCACCAUACCCGAAGCGCAAAAUCUCAUUGAACAAUUACUUUCAAAGGAUCCCACAGAGAGACCAAAUACAAGUGCCAUAUUACUACACCCAUUCUUACAACCUUAUGGAACCUUGAUUCUGGAGCAGACCAACAAGAUUAUCCUGAAACAAAAACAAGGUGGGUCUCAAUUCAGCUCGCGAUUAGAAAGAAGACUAAUAAAAAAAAUGAAGAGAAUAGGUUAUGAUACUCAAGCAAUUAGACAAUCUGUUAUCAAAAAGAAAUGUGACUCUUUGUCAGGCUUGUGGUUUUUAUUAGCGGAAAAAGAGAAGAAAAUUGAUGAUAAGAACCGACCAAGAAGAAGCCGUUCAUUGCUUUCAGUCCGAAAGGUGUUUGAUGACUCCACACAAGACCUAUUGACUGGUGAUGACGGACUUUUAACUACUUCUCUUGAGGUUACAAGAGUUGGUUCGAUAGGUAAGAUAUUAAACAAGCAAGCUGAAAGAGUGACAUCGUUAGCACCUAUGGGAGUGAAAAAGUCCAUCGAUUUUUCAACAAGGUCACUGAAUCUUACUUUAACUAACACGAACCAAAGCCAAGAUAAUAAUACAAAAAACCAAGAGUCUGUCACAUUUUCAAAAGAACAAGUAAGAAGGGUACAAAGUGGUACCAAUGCAAGUACACAAAACGAGCAAUCACCAAAGAAGACAAAUAUAUUCAAGAAGAUGUCCAAAUUUUUUAAAGAGAAGAAAUAUUUUAGCAACUUAAACAAUGAAGAGAGUGCAAGUAGUACAAAUACUAUGAGAAGAAGCUUAGAGACAUCUCUAGGUGCUUCUUCGCACAAUAAAGAAAGCGUUUCACCUGAAAAGGGUAAUUCCAUUAACGAAGAUGAAAAUCGAAAUGAGAAGUUUGAUUCAACUGACAAAAGAAAACCAAUCAAACAAUCAGAAAAGGCAACUAUGGUCCUUUUACCAGAAGACAGACACAAACUUACCAUAACUGAGCCAAAUGUGACGAGGCUGAAAUCCUCCAGUGUAACAUCUCGACAAACCUCCACUGACAACGAUGACAGCGAAUCAAUGGAUAACUCUAGAUCAGGAUCUGCUGAAAUAAAAAAGCGAAACUUAGUGCCGACGGCACGUCCAUUUUCUGGGUUAUCAGAAAUUUCUAAUGAUACUUACAACUCUGAUUAUUCAACUGAUGGUAACACAUCCUCUUACAGAGUUAAUGACCCACCUCUAUCACAGAUAAUGAAAACUAAUUCUGGAGGUACUUCUCAAUAUUCCGGAAAUUCUGAAAAACUCACAAAUGGAACUGGAAGAAGAUAUAUUAGAAGAAACCAAAGCUUGAUAUCCAAUGCUUCAAGUGCCUCAGAAAAAAGCUCCAGAACCGAUUCAUUUUAUGAUAUCACUACAGCAUCACCACCAGCAUUUAUUGAUAACCGAUCUAAGAAUAAUUUUGGCUUAAAAGAGUCAAUUUUACCUAGAUUUGGAGCACAUCAUUCCUGGGGGCCAAAAAGAUCCUAUGCAAGCAACAGAGUUGGCUCUUUAGGAAGAAGAGCGCAAAAGAGGAACUAUCUAAAAAAUAACUCCAGUAGAACUACCCAAUCCAUAAUCAAGGAGGAAGAUUCUUCAGACAACGACGAAACUGAUGUCUCCUACCAUAGCUACAGGUAUAAUAAUAACAAAUCACCCCUCAAUGCUUUCCGUUCGGGUGGUACUCCAGAAUACGGUGAGGAUAAGUUAAUCUCAUCCUCUCCAUUACAGACAUUUGGUAAUGUCGAACAUACACCCCCAAAGUCCGCAACUGAUUCACCUGAGGCAUUUAAUGGUAUUUAUGCACCUGUUGUUUCAAAUCGCAUCCCAUCCAAAAAUAUAGUCGAAGAUGAAGAAUUAAUUAGUGCGGCUGACUUGGAAGAUAACUUUUCAGAUGACUAA